AUGGCUUCUUCUUCUUCGAGCAACCCGGCGCCAUGCGCAGCCUGCAAGUUCCUAAGGAGAAAAUGCUUGCCAGGCUGUACUUUCGCACCCUACUUCCCCGCAGAGCAGCCGACGAAAUUCGUCCACGUGCACAAAAUCUUCGGAGCAAGCAACGUUGGUAAGCUGCUGAACGAGAUCCCACCUCACCAGAGAGAAGACGCGGUCAACUCUCUGGCUUACGAAGCCGAGGCUCGGCUCAACGACCCGGUCUACGGCUGCGUUGGAGCCAUUUCAGUUCUUCAGAGACAAGUCUUUAACCUUCAGAAGGAGCUCGACGCCACUAAUGCUGACAUCAUCCGUUACGCCGCCAGCAGGACAAAUAGCAAUAAUGAUUGGAGAAUUGAUCCUGAUGGGUCGGGUUAUUUUGACCCGAAUUCGGGUUUGUUUCUACCCUAUUAUUGGAGUGGUGGUGGUGGUGCUGCUCCUCCUUCCAGGAGAGAUAGAUAG